AUGGUAGCUAAUAUCGGAAUGUGCCUGGCUCGGUUGGAGUUUAAAGUCGUCGCGAUAGACUGCGACGUGGGUCUCAGGAACCUCGACUUGCUCUUAGGGAUGGAGGCUAGGGUAUUCCACACCGUUCAAGAUGUGUUGGCAGGGGAGGCUCGACUUGAUCAGGCGCUUGUACGCGAUAAGCGCGUCCCCAAUUUCGAGCUUCUUUGCAUUUCCAAACCUCGGUCCAAGAUUGAUUUGAAUUUCAGCGGCAAGUCGCUGAUUCUCCUUGUGGAAGCCUUAAGAGAGCGCGAGGAGGGGUGCCCAGAUUUCAUUCUCCUGGACUGUCCAGCGGGGAUCGAAGCUGGUUUCAUAACAGCAAUUACGCCGGCCAACGAGGCGAUUAUCGUGACCACGCCGGACGUGACGUGUCUGAGGGAUGCGGACAGGGUUGCGGGGCUGUUGGAGUGCGACGGCAUAACGAACGUGUCGCUGUUGGUGAACCGCGUGCAGGCAGAUCUGAUCAAGCAAGGCCAGAUGAUGUCCGUCGGGGACGUCAGGGAAAUGCUCGGACUUCCGCUGUUGGGGGUUAUUCCGGAAGACACAGCAACCAUUGGUGCAUCCAACCAGGGAAUGCCGCUUGUGCUAAAGAAGCCACCUACCAUGGCAGGCCUGGCAAUGGAGGCUGCAGCUUGGCGGCUGGCUCAAGGGGAGCAGAUGGAUGUGGUUGUGCUUCCGGAGGAGAAGAAAGGGUUUCUCGCCUUUUAG